AUGUUCGUACCAAAAGCAGCACUUGGGCCAGCAGCCGCCUUGCGCAACCCCCGAAGACGACAGCGUACGAACUCUGAUGAGACUACACAACAGCCUAGUGCGAAACGUCAGCGCUCUGCUCUACGUCAAGAUAGCGUCGAAUCAUCCAUAGAACUUGCUACCGGAGACCAAUCCAAAACACCAUCUCUGGGUGCUGAAAACUUAGGUUCUUCAAGCAUCGGACUCACUCCCGCCGACGCGGCGAAGGAAAUCCCCAUUAGAGCCGGCAAAAGACCUGGAAGCUUUAAGGAAGAACCUGUCAAAGCAGUCAUCCUUUCACAAACAGAUUUCUACAUUGUUAAACAGCUGGCAGCUUUUCCAGAUCAAAUCGCCGGCUUACAAUCAGAACCUUACAGAGUUGUCUUUGGAAGGGGCAAUGGUUUGGCACUGGCUUUGACAAGGUCUCAUGCAAUAAUUUGGCCAUAUUCUGAAGAUGCUCAGCUACAGAAUACAGAGGUUCUCACUCUGCUCCUCCCGGAAUCAUGCAGGGGUUCCAAUGAUGCAGCGCCUCUAGGACAGCUUCUAUCGACGGCAACAGGCGGCUUGCCAGGACUGGUCAUUGUUACACCAAGCAGUGGCCAUAUAUUGUAUUGGGAGACCAUAACGAGCGCCACAUCACUCGGAUAUACCAGGCAGAAACAGUGUCGCCUGCAGGGAAGCAUCAAUGGCCUCCUCUCUGGUGAAUACGCUACUGACGUCAUCAAUUGUGAGCCAUCUGGGGUUAUCGUGAUAUUCUCCACCGGUAGAGUAGCUCACGUUACUGUGAGGGACCCCCAAGGCAAGCCGGCUGUAACGGCUACCUUCCUUAAAAACCCCUCUGGUGGUGGUAAAAUAGGCUUUCUGGGGGGAUUAAGAAAUGCUCUUAGCGGAGGGUAUUGGAGGAAAGACAUUGCAGCAGUCCAAGCAGGUCAAUCGCAUCAGCGGGGACAGAGAGAAGUCAUCAUAGCCACUACCACGGGCUCCUUCGAAAUCUGGGACACUCACUGGAAUAACGGAAGCUUGCUUAAGAAGCAGUUCGAUGUUAGGGAUAUCAUUGCGGACGCUCUGGGCCAAACCUCAUAUCAGCAUGACGAAGGCAAUAUUGAAAUUCUUGAUUUCAUGUUUGCCGCCGCAGACCACAACACUCAUAUUCCAAGUAGCGAUUCCAACAUGUGGGAUGUCUUGGUCGUCGUGGCUACGACUGCAGCAAGCUCACAAGAACUAUACCUUCUCAAACUCAGGCUCUCCGAGGAGUCUCAGAUACUGUCCAGUACUGCUAUUAAGCAUCGUGGUUCUUUGCCACAUCUCGGAGCGACGCAAAUCAGGCUUUCUAUUCCUAGCUCAGGUAAUAUGGGCUUUCUCGUGGUCGGACAGUCAAUCAUCUUGCUGUCACUUCCAAAUGGAAAUGAACACCCGAAUGGGACUACACCUAGCAGCAAUCGGGGAGCAGGAGCAUUCCAUGAUAUCAUCAAUCUGCGGUCUGGGCAAGAGUAUGAUAUCCUGGGUAGCGGGUGUGAAGAUCGGACUAUCGAAAGGACAGAGCCUGCAUGUUUGGUUAUGGUUCGGGGCUUCGGUAUCCUCCGAAUCAGUGCCUUGGCUAGCAAUAAAGAGGCGACAGGUGCUGCGACUAAUUACAUCACUGCAAAGCAUAGGAUUGAGCAAGCGAUCUUUUAUGGAACCAUUGUGGAAAAUCCAUUGGACCUGACGAACAAGGAGGGUCUUGGGUUUCCCCUAGCGGAGGUUGAAGAGGCUGCCCUAGAGGUGACCAAUGAAAUACUGAAUUCAACUUCGCGAUACAUACCGACAACGUCUAUUACUGUGGAUCAGAAUCUAAGACUGCGGGCAAAGGCUCUUGAUGAUCUUUCAUCUUUGUUAAUGCAACAGCACAAGGCAUUGAGUCGCUUGGUCUGGUGGGAAAUGCUUUGGGGCGCGGAAAAAAUCGCAGCUCAAAGAGCUAUCUGGAAGCUUGAAGAGUGUUGGCGGAAGCAGAAUGGUAAAGGUCAAACGCUGCUGGCUGACAUACUAGAAUCAAUGAGUGAGAGGUUCAAGACGCAACGAAACAGUGAUAGUGACCCGGUCCGUCAUUGGUUCCUCUACGAUACAUUUCAACUGGAAAAUAUUGUGCCCUGGAUCUACCACUCAGCCAAACCACAAAAAGGCAGUAACCUGAAGCAGAGUUGGAGGACGGCAGAAAAGCUCUUAGCCGCUAGCGAGCUGUCACUAGCCGUUCUAGAAACAGCGUAUCACUUUAGAGACGAGCAUGCUAGUCGCUACGGAAUCAUCGAUGGCUAUGUGGAGGACGGGGUACUGACUGGGGAUUACAAGGGUCUCCAAGAGUUCUGGACUUCCCGAAGUAUUGGAUAUGUCCAGAGCGUACGCCUGUUGGAUCUCGAGCUCGACACCUGCAGAGUCUGGCUCCAGCAGAGAGCAGCCUCGGCCGAUGUACCAGGAAAUGAAAUCCUGACGAGAAUAGCGACAAAUGGUGCCAGACAGUUUCAUAUUCUCGGUCAAAUACACCGGGAGCGGAUUCGUUGGCUUGCUGCCCAAGAGGACCCGAAAUUGGUCGAUGAGGGCAUGGCAGUCGAGCACACACACGUCAAGCAGCGCAAAUGGCAGCUUUUCAAACUCGCUGGAAUCGGUCACCUGGAGAAAGCAAUCAAGUUAGCAGAAGAUUUCCGGGACAUGGGAGCGCUAGUGGAGUUGAUAAUUGAGCUUCAAGACCAAAAUAGGGGUCAGAACCUCCCGCCUCAUUCUCCGAGCAGCACGACCAGGGGUUUAGCGAAUACUUCUGAUCAACUAAGCAAGAAAAUAUCAGGUUAUUUCGAGAGAUUUGGACAGUCAUGGGCUGAGGCAUUCUUUUCGCGGCAGAUAUCCCUGGGACAGGCAGGAGUCCUCUUUGCAAUGAAGAAGUUCCAGCCUUAUGUCACCCAAUUCUUACGGACUCACUCAACAUACUCUCGGCUCUCUUGGAUCAACGAUGUGGUUGGUGAGGAUGACUACGACAGGGUUGCUGGUUCUUUAGAAAAGCUGGCCCUUGAACAAGAAUCAGACUUAUGGGGUCAUCGAGUAGAGUUAUCCUUGGCUAAACUCGUGAGACUGGCAUCCUGUGAGCAUUCAUCCCGGCCUAGCAACGUGGUGGCCCAAGGAGAUAUCAAGCGUCUAGAGGACCUUGCAGAAAUAGACGCUGUGCAAGAGCUUAUAUUCGUCUCCAUUGCACCCACCUUAGAAGGUGCGAUUGACGAAAAAGCCAAGGUUGAAAUAGCUGUUUCAAACAUGGAGCGGAGCAUCUUGAAAGACACGCCGUCGCUUUAUGAGAUCAUGAAAGAGGCUGUUGCCAAAGUGGUGCUCCGACAAGUGAUGACCGUUGAUGAGAUGGUGGAUUUGUUGACUCUAGCUAGAAUCCCUGGGACUCCGAGCAACGACCAGGAACAAAUCGUGGGGAAGGAGGACUAUCUGGCUUUGCGUGUCUUGCGUUUGAGUUAUUAUGCCCAACAGGAUCCGCAGUUAUAUGCCAUCUUGCAGAAAUUGGUAUGGAAGAGAUGCAUGAUCAAGGAUGACUGGAUUGCAACUGGGAAGGCUGCCGAAGAAUCGGGAAGCGAAUUCGAACAUGUUCUGCAUGGUACCUCGCUUGCUCGAACUCUCGGCUGGUGCCAUAAUGAUAGACUGAGCGAGGAUCUUUCCCAGCCCAUACUUUAUAUCCCUCGGGCUCCGGAAGAUGUUAUUCUAAGCGAGUCAGAGUUGGACCUUCUCACAGCUCGUUUAAGUCCAGAAAGGCGAGCUCACAUCCAUCGGGAUCUUGAGAAAGAAAACCUGUUGGUGUCACAUUAUAUCGAGAGUGGGAAGCUUGAUUUUUGGUUCAAGACGCUUUUCGAGUUUGUACAAGCAUCGCAGAGGGGAGCUGCUGGAGAGGUACAAAGUCUGGAUGCUGAUGGUCAGUCAAAUGGACCACCUGGAAAAUCAAACACCAAGGCACAGCUUAACUGGCUUUGAGCGUAUGUUACGUGUUGUUGGUUAAUAUGAGCUUUAUCAUCUCCUUUUCUUAUCAGACUCAAAUGUCAGAAAUUAUUCACAAGAUGUCUGGUUGUUAGGAACUACUUAACGCAGUAAAUAUAUUAAUCAAACAAAAC